AUAAAGAAUUUCUUCAGCCUCUAGUUUUAUUUUGAAUUUCUUUUUCUUUUUUUUUUUUCAUUUUCAAUUGUCUUCAAUUUUUUUUUUCCUGUUUUCAUUUUCGUGCUCGCAAAACCCCAAACGAAACAACCAAAAAACGAAAAAAAGGUGUGCGAGCGAGCCUAUGUGAUUGCGUGCUUCUAUCUCUGUCUUAUCUAUCUAUUACUUCUCCUCUUUCUCUCUCUUCCUCUUCUUGCUUCCCUCUUCGUUUUCAUUAUCAUCGUACAUAUGCGAAAUCCGAGAAAUCGGGACCUUUUGUAAUCAAUUCAUAUUGGGUUUGGGAUUCAGACCUUGAUUUUUGCAUUCCAAAUGUCCAAUAAUCUGUUGGCUAAUUUUAGUAUUCGGAUUUGAAUUUCGUUUCUUGGUGGGGUUUUUGAUUAAUUUUUGGGCAGUGAAGCUGGCUCACUUAUCCGAUUUAGGAUGAAGAGUAUUAGGGAUUGGGCAUUUACUCAAUUGUUAUCUAAGUCUUUGGCUUCGUCUAGGCCUUUGUUGGGCACUGGCAGUUUUUUCUCAGACGGACCUGUAGAUGAAGAUUCUAAUGAUCAAGCUCUCAUGGCCUGUUCAGAGGUUGCACCACAACCCCCUGAUACAUCAUACUCAGCCAACGAUACUCAGGAGAAUGGACCUCAUCCAUCUUCAAGGCAAGUGUAUCAGCAUUCUAACACAUCUAACCAUGACAGUGAACUUGAAAAGAGGGAUCCUUUGGCAAAGAUUGAUGGUCUCCAAAUUAAGUUUUUCCGGCUUCUCCAACGAUUAGGGCAGUCGCAUGACAAUCUUGUGGUGGCAAAGGUUUUGUACAGGAUGCACCUAGCAGCAACAAUCCGAGCAGGGAUAUCAGAUUUGAAAAGAGCCAGGAAAGUAGCAGCAGAACAAGAGGCAACUGACAUACCCAAAUUAGAUUUCUCUGUAAGAAUACUUGUCCUUGGUAAAACUGGCGUUGGAAAGAGUGCAACCAUAAACUCUGUGUUUGAUCAAACUAAGACCACGACUGAUGCAUUUGAACCGGCCACCAAUUGCAUCCAAGAAAUUUCAGGGAUGAUCAAUGGAAUCAGAGUAACUUUUAUUGACACCCCUGGUUUUUUACCAUCAUCAACAGGUAAUGUGAGAAGAAAUAGGAAGAUCAUGCUCUCUGUUAGGAAAUUCAUUAGAAAAUCCCCACCAGAUAUUGUUCUGUUUUUUGAACGACUAGACCUCAUCAACAUGGGUUAUAGUGAUUUUCCUCUUCUAAAGCUCAUGACCGACAUCUUUGGCAAUGCAAUUUGGUUUAACACUAUCCUCGUCAUGACGCACGCAUCCUCAACACUUCCUGAUGGACCAAGUGGAUAUCUGGUCAACUAUGAAAAUUAUGUGAGCAAAUGUACAGACCUGAUGCAAUACUUUAUACACCAGGCGGUAUCUGAUACAAAACUAGAAAACCCAGUACUUCUAGUUGAGAAUCAUCCUCAGUGUAAAAGAAAUAUCAUGGGGGAAACUGUUCUUCCCAAUGGACAAGCUUGGAAAUCUCAAUUCUUGCUUUUUUGCAUAUGUACCAAAAUUCUUAGUGAUGCUAAUACGCUCUUGGAAUUCCAAAACAGCAUUGAAUUGGGGUCAUCUCAUAGCAACCGUGUGCCUUCACUGCCACAUCUCCUUUCAUCUUUUCUACAGCAUCACUCCCAAAAUGAAGCAGACCAUGAAAUUGAUGAGAUUUUACUUUCAGAUGCAGAUGAAGAAGAUGAAUAUGAUCAGUUACCUCCAAUCCGAAUCUUGACAAAAUCUCAAUUUGAGAGAUUGACUAAAUCGCAGAAAAGAGACUACCUUGACGAGCUCGAUUACAGAGAGACCCUUUUUUUAAAGAAACAGUUGAAAGAGGAUGCUGCUCGCAGGCAGAGGAAGAAGAAGCUUUCUGAAGCAGAAAAUGUUGGAGAAGAUAAUAAUUACGAUGACCAGCAGGCAUCUCCAGAGGCUGUCCUCUUACCAGAUAUGGCUGUCCCUCCAAGUUUUGACUCGGAUUGCCCUGUGCACAGAUAUCGCUGCUUUGCUACAAGUGACCAAUGGCUUGUGAGACCUGUGCUUGAUCAUCAAGGAUGGGAUCAUGAUGUGGGCUUUGAUGGUAUAAACUUGGAGAUGGCUACAGAGUUAAAAAAGAAUAUGCAUGCCUCAAUUACAGGACAGAUGAGCAAGGACAAGCACAAUUUCAGUAUUCAGUCUGAAUCUGCUGCAGCUUACACAGAUCCCAGGGCUAGGGGACCUACUUAUUCUGUGGGUUUUGAUGUUCAGUCUGCUGGUAAAGAUUUUAUCUAUACAGUUCACAGCAACACAAAGUUGAGGAAUCUCGAGCACAACAUUGCUGACUGUGCAGUUUCAUUGACAUCCUUUGGGGACAAGUACUAUGUGGGUGCCAAGAUAGAAGAUACUAUAUUUAUUGGGAAGAGACUGAAAUUUGUAAUGAAUGCUGGCCAAAUGAAGGGUCCUGGACAAGUGGCAUAUGGUGGGACUUUAGAAGCGACAUUCAGAGGGCGAGACUACCCAUUGAGGAAUGAUAAUAUUAGUCUGUCAAUGACAGCUCUGUCCUUUAAGAAGGAGACAGUGUUGAGUGGUGGAUUUCAGUCUGAGUUUCGGCCAAUGCCAGGAAUGAGAAUGGCAGUUAAUGCCAAUAUAAAUAGCCAGAAAAUGGGCAAAGUUAGUUUAAAGAUGAGUAGCUCUGAGCACAUUGAAAUUGCUUUGAUAGCUGUUUUCUCAAUUUUCAGGGGCCUUUUACAUGGAAAAGAGGCCGAAAUGAGAAGUGAGGAAGCACUGGAGACGUGAUUAAUCAGUGUUGCUCUUUUUGGGGAUAGAGUUUCUUAGAUUGGAGAGGAAACAAUAGUCAGAAAGCAAUUUACUUGCAGAACUAGAUGUACAUGUUUCAAAGAGUUGGGUUUCGCAAAGGUAUUUACCUGUUUUUGUCAUUGCAAUUUACUUAGAAGCAUAUUUGGAGGAGGCUGCUAGAUACUGAUAUUUAAAUUCUCUCUCUCUUUUUGUUGUUUUUUUUUUUUAUGCAUACUGCUAGAUAGUGAUAUUAUUUUUUGUUUAAACGAGUGAUUUGCUUGUUUCUGGUUGACCUAAAAAUGUGGCCACCGAUCUUUGUAACGAGUAAAUGUCUGAUAUAAUUGUACAGGGAACAUAUCAAAAAAUAAGCUGUGUGAUUCCUGGAAUAAAUUUCUUUUUGAUCAUCCGUAUAUGAAGUAUCUUUGUGAUGUUGUCGAGCUU